AUGGCAAAGAUGAUCUUACAUCGUGGACAGGCUAAGAGAGCAUGGGAAAUCGAAACCUAUCCUUGCUUUCAGAAAUUCAUGCUCCUCGACUUCGAUCUCUAUAAGUUUACAAGUUACUUGUUCGUUUUCGACCAGGUCAAAGCUGGCAAGCUAUUCCUGGAUCUGGGCUGCGGAAUUGGCCAGGACAUACGACGUCUGGUUCAUGAUGGAGCCCCAUCGGAAAACCUGAUCGGCCUAGGAUUGCGACAAGCCUAUGUUGAUCUAGGAAACGAGAUGUUUCAAGAUGAAUCUCGCCUCAAGUCUACGUUUCUGGUUCAGAAAUCCUUUAUAGACACGCCUAAGAUCAUGAGCCUCGUGAAGAAAUUUAAAGUGAUCAACUCUGGAUACUUCAUGCAUAUGUGGAGCUGGGAGAGGCAAGUUGAGGUAGCAAAAUGCAUGAUCCAUCUCCUGGCUCCAGAGAAGGGCGCCACAAUUACAGGAGUUCGCUUUGGCAGUCGUUCUGCUGGAAAGUGGGACGCUGCGCAAAAAUGGUGA